CAGGGAGAAAGACGAGAAGAGCUUUCCUGCAGUAUGCAGUAUUUACUGUAUGUAUACGUGGAGGUCUAUCAGCGGGCACUGGGCAGUCAACCAGAAGUGUUGCAAGGGUUGCAAGUUUUCUGCCGAUUCGGUCGGUCUUGAACGCGUGAGCGAAUCUCAAAAUGACGGGCCAACUCCGCCCUCCCAGGCCCCCAGCGUGCGGGUGCUGCUUCAACUUGAUUACGUUCCAGAAUCUCUCCCCACCCUGCUUCCCUCUCAUAGACCGACCGGCGUAGACAGCGCGCCCCUGUUUCCGCUGUGGCCUGGGCUAUUUGACGCAGACUCUGUUGCUUGGCUGGGCAGUAUUGCAAGCAGACCUCAGAGCCGAAUAGAUCUAAGGUUCAGAAUCGUACAAAGAAGUAGUAGGGGUAGUGAAACGAUCGGGCGGCCCCGUCGGCACCCGAUCUCGCACUGCAGAAGCCACUACCGAAACCGAAGCCCCUACGGCACUCGAUCCCUCACUCGAUCCCGCACAGCAGAUCUCACUGCAGAAGCGCACACGGCGCACACGGCACGCAGAGCCGCAGAGGAAUACGAGGAGAUCAGAGACCGGGAGAGACGCCCGGAGGCAGCAGAAGAAAGGAUGGCGCCUGAUGGCGCACGAAGAAAGGCUUCUCACGCUGGAGAAGGCCACUCUCACGCUGGAGAGGCCAGGGAAGAUCACAGAAGGAUGAUGGAAGAUCAAAGAAGGAUCAUGGAAGUCAUCAUGAAGCAAACUGCCCUGCGUCAGACCGCAGAGGAAAAAGAAGCGGAAGGGGCCGUCGUAUCAAGAAGGAUGGUAUCGCCCACGCCCAGCACCGCUACGACCGUGAUUCGUAGAACCAGCCGUUAAAAGAGAUUCCAAAUACGACGGCGAUAUGGGAAAGCCGCAGUUACUUUACGAAAUUAUAAAGUAACUGGAUGAAGAUGUCGAUCUGGAUCCCUUCCGUUGCCGAUUGUUGGGUGGUAUUUCCGAGAUGUGUGUCGUCGACCGAUCCUGAGCGAGAUGUGCGGUGUGAUUCCUCGUCAGCUUCCUCCCGCAAGCUGCCAUGGCGCAUCCGUGCCAGCUACCCUCCUCUGAAUAGCGAAUGCUCGAACGAGAGGACUCGAGAGACUCUUUGAUGCUUCAAUGAACCACACAAUGCCACCUGCCUGCGGUCUAAUUUCGAUUUUUGACACCCCCC